AUGGCGAACAGCCUCACGUCUAUACGUGAUGCUUGCUCCAGGCCAGGGAGAUACAAUCUCCUAGGUGUGGUCGUCGAUACGUUGCCAAUAUUUGCGACAAGAGGUUCCUCAAAAUGUGUCACAUUCACCAUCAAAGACUCCGACCUCGAUGGUCACCCAUGGGCCGGCGGUGUCAAAAUCAAAUAUUUCAAUGACGACGAAAGUACUCUCCCUGAUACACGAGUGAAUGAUGUGGUCUUUGUGCGAAAUAUUCGGGUUUCCAUGUACCAGGGCAACCCGACAGGAGUUGCUUCCCAAUAUGACCGUAUCCCUUGGAUUAUAUUUCGACCAGAGCCCGCUCCAAGCUCUAGCCCAUUCGUCAUUAGUGGCCCGACCCCCUUCGAGCCUAGCUUAUGGGAACGAGACCAGGCGCAAUCACUCCUGGAACGCAUCUCCAACUCUGUUGGCAGCAAGGUCAUCGAACAAACUGCCUCUCGCCAUGAACCUAGUCCUGACAGAAGCACCCGUAUCCCUAAAGUUGGGCCUCCAUUCUGUCUUGUCAAGGAUAUCGUGGUUGACCGUUUUUGUCAAAUGCUCGGGCAGGUCGUAUUGAUCAAAUCAAAUGACAGCGAGAAGUGUAUCCUGUAUUUAACUGAUUACACAGAGAACGAGGAGCUUUGCGACUACAAGAAACCGGGAGAUGACGACCAAGGCAUUGAAGGCGACCCGCACAAUUACAUGAAGAGGAGUUACGACAACUGGCCGGGUCCUUGGGGUAAGCGUAUCCUUGAAGCAACUCUGUGGGAUCCUCAUGCUGGAUACGCUCGCCAAGCACUCAAGCUAGGCGAUAUUGUUCUGUUGACAUACGUCCGGCCUAAAGUAUCUCGUUACCUAGAGAUCGCCGUUCAUGAAGACAGAAAAUAUCCGGACAAAAUACAUGUCCAGGUUUGCAACAACAGCAAAGAGGAGCGCGUUCAAGAAUUAUUGAAGCGACGGGCAGAGUACUGGAGUGUACACGGCGAGCCCAAGAAAGAAACCAAAACUGCCAGCAAGCAACCCAACAAGCAACCCAAAAAGGCCCAGGAGCAAAAAAAAGAGGUUCGAAAAGAGGAAGGUCAGCUAACGCUACCAACAUCAAAUAGAGCCAAGAAAAAUGCCAAUGUCAAGACAAGAGCUUACACAACGGCUAUCACUCCCCUCGAGAAGAUUAUAUUGGCCGAAAGCCACAGAAACAGUGGUCCUGGGGGAGUCGUCUACCAGCUUCCGUUUCAGAAUGUCCAUUACCGUUCUACAGUCCGGGUGGUCGAUUUCUUCCCUCCGAAGUUGGAGGAUUUUGCGGUUCAAUCAGCCUACGCCCCCUUGUACACCAGCCAGGACUCCGCCACCGGACCUACAAUGGGGUGGCAGUGGCGUUUCUGCCUUCUCGUGGAAGGGAUCGGGCCUAAAUCCCCCAAUCAUCAGCAUCAAGAGCUUGUGAAACUCUACGUAGUUGGCCAGGACGGCGAUUGUCUUCUCAACGAGGAAGCAGGGGAUCUGCGCGGUCAUGGUCGAAGACUGUCUCGAGUUAGAGAAAAGCUCUUCCUCCUCUGGGGCAACCUUGAAGAGCAAAAGAAGAAAGCCUUGGCUGCUGGCAACCAAACCUGGGGGCCAGUGAGCUCGGUGCCAUUUGAAUGCUGUAUCAAGGAAUAUGGCGUACCGUGCGCUCAUAUGAGAGACUCCAAUGCAAUGGACAUUGACGGCAAAUCAUGCAUUCGAAGUGAUUGCUUUGGAUGGGAGAGACGAUUUGCCAUCUUCGGCACAACCAUCCAUGAGACCUGA